CACAUGUCCUCCAAAGACGCCCAUCUGUACGGCGCCCGCCCAAAGGGACGCGCCAAGGCAAAAGAAAUAUCCAGCUCCAGCAGCCUCGCCUUCUCAUCCACGCUCUCUAAUCUCAUCAAGAACUCGUCUGCCGAGGCAAGCAAGCCCACCGCAGGCCGCGCGCGAUCACAGAAGGAGGAUAUUUUCAAGACGCACAACAAGAAUGUCAACAAGCGCGCACUCAAGGACCUAGAAGACACCGACUUUACGCAAAAGCACCGCGGACGGACGGCCGAAGAAAAGGGUGAAGAUGAAGUCGCCUGGAAGCGUACAAAGCGGCGCAUGGAGGAAAAGGCACGCCUCUACGAUGCACUCAAGCGCGGCGAUGUCGAGGACCUGGACGACAAGUAUGGCGUAGAUUUUGACCGGAAAUGGGCAGAGAGGCAAGAAAAGGGCGAGGCCGAGUCGGCCGAAUCGUCAGAAUCAGAAGCCUCAGAAGAAGAGCUGGUGGAAUACACGGAUGAGUUUGGCCGCACGCGAAAGGGCACCCGCGCUGAAGCCGCCCGCGAAGAGCGUCGGAAGCGCACUCUGGCUGCCGACGAGCCCGAUCGCUUCUCUGCCCGCCCCAGCAUGCCCACCAACCUGAUUUACGGGGAUACCGUGCAGACACAAGCCUUCAACCCUGACGAGACAAUUGCUCAGCAAAUGGCAGAACUAGCCGCAAAGCGCGACAAAGAACUCACCCCACCCCCCGACCUGCAUUUUGACGGUAGAGCCGAGGUGAGACAGCGCGGAAUGGGCUUCUUUAACUUCUCCAAGGAUGAGGACGAGAGACGGGAGCAGAUGAGCAGGAUUGAAAAGGAACGACAAGAAACGGAGCGGGUGAGGAAAGAGAGAAAGGAGCAGAUUCAGAAGCGCAAGGAGAUGAUUCGUGCAAAGAAGAGGGCUAUACAGGAAAAGAGAAGCAAGGGUCAGGCUGAGAGGUUUUUGGAUCAACUGGGCGCGGAGUUGUU